AUGUACGCGAGUAGGCCUAUAGAGUCUCUGGCCACCACGCCAAGCAUUCAGGUGCAGUGCUCAGAUCCUGACUGGGUGCCCCUAAAGCAGGAUUGGAGCAAACGAUGGUGCACACUGCCCAGUGCUUAUAUGGAUUUCGCAGAAAGAAUCGAUGCCUUCGAAACGAAAGAAAGUGAUGUUUUUGUGGCGACAUUUAUGAAGAGCGGUACGACUUGGAUGCAAGAGCUGGUCUGGCUGUUGCUCAAUGACUUGGACUAUGAACGAGCCAGGAGCGAGUAUCCAUUUAAUCGAAGUCCCUUUCUAGAGUACUCUGCUCUUAAUGCCGUGGUCGGUUUGGAUUCCAUUGAUAAGUGCAAUAAACUUCCGGGUAACAUUCGCCUGAUUAAAUCCCAUCUACCCGCUCAACUGCUGCCCCGACAAAUCUGGAAGCUGGGCCGGAAGAUUAUUUACGUGGCUCGUAACCCCAAGGAUGUUAUAGUUUCUUCAUACCAUCAAAUUAUUGGCCUGUACUUUUGGCAGGGCAGUUUAGAGGGAAUGCGCAACGAGAAGAAUGUUUUCUUCGUUACCUAUGAGGAAAUGUCAAGAGAUCUCGAAGAUGUGGUUGGGAGAUUAUCGAAGUUUUUGGAUUGCAAAGACUUGAGCAAAGGUGAAAUGGAAAAACUUUUGAAUCACUUGAGUUUUGAAAACAUUAAAGCAAGCAAAUUCGGAAACCCCACCAAUUUUAUAAGAACGAUUUAUGAGGCGCGGAAUAGUCGGGUCCUACAAGGAUGA